AUGGAGCGAGCGAAUGAGGAGACGAGCCUGGUGCCUCGCCCGCAACCGCUGCCAUCCCCUCCUCUCCAUCCCUCGACGGCAUCCUCCAAGGUCUCAGACACUGAUGCGCUCGUGACGACCUCCCUUUCUAACGGCGUCAGCGUCGGCAAUGGCACCGUUUUCCCGCACGCCCGCAAUGGUGGCCCCAAAGAUCGCCCGGUCUCCGGCAUAGUUCCGCCGUACUGGAGUCACCAUCGGAAUGCCUCCCGUACCUCUCAGAUCUCUCUCGAACAGCCCGCGAUCACCCUGGAAGACCAUACAGAGGAUCCAGAUUCGGAGACGAGCCGCGGACUAUGGGCCAGGAGCGUAUCAGUAGAUGAUCAUGUUGUCGUCCAGGGAAAGUCCGGCAUUGGCGCAUAUGUGGUGUGGAGCUGUACCAUACAAACCCUCGAGGGUGGUCCCAUCAGCGUUCGCAUGAGGCAUGAAGCUCUAUGA